AUAAUGCAGGUUUUUGUUUUUUAUAUGUUUUUGGAUAGAUAGUUUUAAGAAUUAAAAAUAAGAGAUUGGUAUCAUGAACAUAUGUACACUUCAGUGUAGGUUAUAUAUAGAGAGACUUUACAUUUGCAAUGGGCAUAAUUUUUUGUAUUAUGCUAUAUCACUGUGAUAGCAACAGGAUAAAGCACUUUGGAGCGGGCACCAAACUUAUUGUUUCAGACACACCGCUGAAGAAGCCUACACUGACUGUGUUCCCCCCUUUCUCUAAAAAUGGUCAAGUCACGCUGGUCUGCCUGGCACAGAAUUAUUUUCCAGAUGUCAUCAAAUUAGAGUGGAAGAAAAACAAUGAAAUAGUGGCUGAAGGGAUGGUACAGAAUGAGAAUGAUAAAGCCACCAGUCUGCUCAAAAUCACUGAUGACAAAAACUUUGACGAGGCUCACUAUUCCUGUCAAGUGACUCAUGAAUCAUUAUCAAAUGGAGUUCAUGCAGAGAGCCUACCAAAGAAAACAGCUCAAAAUGAAAAAAAAGAGACCAGACCGGUCAUUGCGCCGACAUGUCCACCAGUGCAAUAUACUGAUGAUGAGAAAAAAGAAACCAUGUCUUUGUCUCCUUUUACUGUGGACACGUUUGCAUACACUGUGUUAAUCCUGAAGAGUGUUACUUAUUGUGGAAUCAUAUCCUUCCUGACUUACAAGAUGAAGUCUGCUGAGGCCCUUGGCAUCAAGAAGAGAGUGCCUUGAAGCACCAACUAUGUUUGGAGUUGAAAGAAAUAUACGCUAUUGUUGCUUGUCAAUUUUAUAACAGCUUUGUUUUACGAUAAUUGAUUGUAUUUUAAUUAUUUUGUUCCAUGUUUUAGCAAUGGUUACAUAUUAAGAAAUGUGUUAAUUUUAAUGUGGCUGGAUGUGAAAAAAGAUUUAUAAAAAAUAAAGCAGGUUUGCUAGUUUAGUAGCUUUGUAAGCAUGCUUAUGAUUAUUAUAGCAGGUUGGAAAAUAGUAUAUCAUUUUAUUUUAAAAAAAUAG